CAGAAUCUGAACAGUCUAUCACUCAAACACCGCCCAACACGUCCAUGCCUAAGCGUAAGAGUCCCAGCGACGACGAAGGCGAUGAUUUCGAACAGUCCGAGGAUGAUCAGCCGAAAAACAAAACCAAGGCCUCAAAGGCAACAGAGCGACCUGUGACUAUCAAGAAGCCAAAAAUUACUACUUCAGGCAGCCAAUCUCCAUCAAGCUCCAAGAAAAAGUCCACCAAUGACAAUGGUGUGGAGGUCUUCACCAGUUCCGAGGGUGAAAGAUAUAUCCAACUAGGCCAAAAGAAACGCGUAACCGUCCGUGAGUUCAAAGGCAAGAUUCUUGUCGAUAUUCGUGAAUUUUAUGGCAAGGACGGGGAAGAAGAAAAGCCGGGGAAGAAAGGGAUUUCUUUGAAUCCAGAUCAGUGGGCUUCUUUGAAGAAGAGCAUGGACACCAUUGACUUUUUGUUUGCCAACUGCAAGAAAUGACAUCUAUGACUCUAUCUUUACCAAUUGCCACGACAGUAC